UGUGUAUAUAUUUUUUUUAAAUAUAUAAUUAUUAAUAGAUUACAAAUACAACAUCAGUGAAAAUAGUUUAGGAGCAUUUGAAGAUUUUUAUGUUUUGCUUUAAAUAAAAUGUCAAAUCACAUCAUAGUAAACCAAAGAAAUUCUUGCGUAUUUCAACCGCGUAACCCACAAACAGGAUUGCCAACUACUUUUCUUGAAAGAAAACUGUUUGACUUUAGUUCACUUGGUGGAAGUACUAAUGUUACUGAAAUUGAAAGUAAAGAUAAAAUAAAUACUUUGAAAAACAAUAAAUUAGUGUGUAAACAAUGUUUCAAAAAGUUGCCUGGUGAAUCUGAACAUGUUUUAUCUUUGCAUAAAGAAGAUGAAAGUUUUGUAGAGGAUUCUUUGAAUAAUCAGAAUAACUUUUCUUUGUCUAAAUUAAAUGAGAGUGAUGAAGAAAAACCUUAUUAUCAGCCAGAUAAAGAAAAAUUUUAUGAAUCUCUGAAUUCAGAAGAACUUAAAAAACUAAUCGAUGAUGAUGAGAAAUUUUUUAGCCAUCUUGAAUUUCUUAAAAAUGAAAACAAAAAAACAUUAAAAAAACUAGAAAGGUUAUAUAAUAUUUCAUUAGAAGUUGCAAAAGUUAAGAAAGUUAAAAAAAAUGGUUGUGGUAUUUCAUAUGGGUCUAAUAAAAAGGAACAAGAAAAAACUUUUGCUGCAAGUAAUAAAAGUUGUUCGUCAUCUGAUGAUGAAGGUGAGAUUCUUGAAGAAAAUGAUCAAAAUAGUAUAACUUAUGAACAUAGCGAUUUUCGAAGUGGAGCAUUAUCAUAUGAUGUAAUUUCAAACAUGUGGGAUAACUUUUCAGUUGAAGAAUAUGCACCUUAUGUCAAAACUUCUCCACGUAAAAACAAGAGUUGGUCUCCUUCAAUUACAAUACCAGAACCAUUUCAAAUGACUAUUAGAGAUGAAAAAAAAGGUAAAAAAAAGUCUAAAAAAAUCCAAAAAAUAGAAGAUGAGUUGUUACUAAAACAAUUAAGGGAAGAAGCUGAAUUACACAAGAAAAUUGUCCCAACACCUAUUCCUGCAAGCACAUUUCUGCCUCUAUAUGAAGAAAUAAAUAGGCAACAAGAAAGAAAUCGGCGUUAUAUUAGAAAUAUUAAAAAACAUAUGCUUAUAUCAACUCAACGGCCAUUUUCAUUUAUUAAGAGAGAAGAAGCAAAAAAAGAUUUAAAACGAAGCUAUUCAGCUGAAACCAUUAACACACAAAAAAAUAAUCAGUUUCAUGCAAAACCAUACCCAGAAAAAUUAUUUGACUUAUCUCUGGCUGACAAAAUGGCAGAAGAAGAUGAAUAUCGCAAAAUUAAAAUAAAACUUAGAGCUCAAGAGCUUUUAGCAAGUUCCUCGUUACCACCAAGCAUGAAAAGACGUGACAAAGUGCAUUAUAAAAUGACCAAAAAAAAUGAAAAUUCUAAAAAUGAUCGCAAAAGUUUUAAACCUGUUGUUCAUCAUGAGAUACCAGAUUUUGAAAGUUUACAUAAAAAAAUUAUAAAUGAACUUGAAGAAAAGAAAAGGUUUAAUUUAUCUACAGUUUGCAAUCCUUUUGAACUCAAAACAAUGAAAAUACCUGAAAGAAGAUUAAUCUUUAAAAAAAAUUCUUCUAAAGAUUCUUCUAAAGAUAAUUCUCAAUUGAAUAGAUCUUGUAAUACAAAAGCAAAAAGUCCAACUCAUUCUCACAUGAAGUCUGAACAAUCUCCAACUUACAGCUUAAAUGAAACAGCUCGUCUACGUCAAGAACGCUUAAAGUCAACCAUUGAAAAAAGUAAAAUUGAUAGUUUGCGAAAAUCAAUUGAAGAAACAAAGAAAAGAAAAGAACAAGAGAAUUUGCGGAAGUCGCUGGUUACGAAAGUGGCAUCUCAAGAUCCUUCUAGAAAUAGAGAAGUAGAAAAUGAGGAGAAAAUAAAACGCUUCAGAGAAGCCGAUUAUGCGAGACGGUGCGAAUAUGAUAAAUACUUACAUGACAUUAAUACAAAGUUGAAUUCACGACCUUUAUUAUUUGAACGUGAAUCGCAGACAAAUGCUAAACUCAAAGCUAGUCGUAGAUACGAAGAAGUAUUGAGAGACGCCGGUGUUUGCGAAAAUGACCUUGAAAAAAUAAUGCGUCGCCAGGUUAAUUCACAAACAAGUGAGUUUUUUGAAGAAAGUAUGAAUAAAAAAAGUAAUGAAAGUUCUGAUUUUGAAAAUAAUAAGAAAAACGCAAGUCAUAAUAUUUCUUCUGAUGACGAUAUUUCUUCAUUAGAAGAUAAAGUAUUUAAAGAUUCUAUUGCUGAAGAUCAUAAUGCUAAUUUAUCCAAUGGAUCUGAUGGAGAAGGUGGUACUUUUACUUCAGAAAAUGACGGUUUAAAUAGUAAAAGCAGUGAUGACGGCAGCUAUAAACAAUCAUGAUUUGUAAAGGUCAUGUUUGUCAAAUAAUCAUAAAUCGGACAGGCUGUGACGGAGUUAAUUUUAAGUAGUUAAAAAUUAGAAAAGCAUCCAUAGCAACAAACGUCAUAAAUACAGAAAAAAUAUAAUCAAUUAA